UUUACGUUUACGUUAAAAUUAACGUUAACGUAGUUUACGUUUACGUUAAAAUUAACGUUAACGUAUUUUACGUUAACGUUAAACGAAAAUUAACGUUAAUUAACGUUAAAUCUGACAGCCCUAGUUUGAGCUGAAAUUGAACAUUUAGGGCUUUUCUUGUAAAUUCUAUAACUUUGUAAAGAAAGGUCGUUUAGAGCUAGGCGAUGCCUCCGUUUAAUCAGAAAUUUGCGUGCUACAAUUAUGCCUGAUUAAGAAAAGUUUGGGUUAUUUUUUAGAGUUUCUGAAAAACUUGUUUUCCAGAAAACGGAAUACCCGACGGGCUAUAGGGAAUCCCCAUGGUCAUAUUCGGAAUCAACAUGGUCGAUAACCUAUAACCCACUAGAUUUCGAUCAAACAGCGAUUUAUCACCCCGGUUGGUUUCAAUAUCUGAGUAGCAAUAUCUGUUAUCCCAUAAGAACUGUUUGAAUGAUGAUAAUUUUGACAAAAGGACGAUGAAGUUAUGUUUCUACUCUUAUUUUUAGAAUAAAUUACUAAUCGAUGAACUUGAACACGAAAAAGUUUCUAAUCGUAAUUUAGAAAGUUAUAAUCUUGAGUUAAAUGAAAAAUUAAAAACAUUUGAAAAAUUAGUAAAAGAACGUGAUUGGCAACUACACGAAAUAGAAUCAGUUAAAAAUGCAAGAAUUCGUGAACUUGAACUAAAAACAACAAAUGUCGAUUCAAAAGUAAAAGAGCGUGAAGAUGAUUUUAGUCGAAAAUAUGGUGAACUUGAUCGAUUAGUACGUGAAAAAGACAUGAUGUUAGAACAAUUGAAACAAUCUUAUCAAGAAUUACAAGAAAAAUUAAUGAUUGAAAAUCAAACACUUUUGGAUCAAAUUGGAAAAUUGAAAAAAGAACAAAAUGAAAAACAACGUGAUUUUGAACAUGAUUUGAGAGAGAAAGAUACGAAUUUAUCAAGAUUACAAGAUGAAAUAAAUCGUUUGAAAAAAGAAUAUAAUUAUCAAUUAUCACAAAUAUCGAAGGAAAAUGCAAAUCAAAAUGUUGAACAUCAAGCAACACAAGAAGAGUGUGAUAUGUUGAAAGGAGAAUUAAAAAUUAAAGAUAAUCAUAUUAAUCGAUAUAAAAAAGAACUAGAGGAAGCAUUUGACCGUGAACGUAUAUUAGAAGAAGCAAAAGCUCAACUUGAUAUUGAUUGGCAACGAAAACUUGAUCAAGGACAACGACAAGAAUAUCAUAAAUCAGAAGAUUUAAUUGAAAAAGUAACAGAUGCACAUCAACAGGCACUUGCUCAAGUAAAAAAAUUAGAAAAUGAUAUUCGGUUUAAAGAUGAUUUACUAAAUGCGUAUUCGAAUCAAUACAAAUCCAGUGGCGGUAAUCCUGAUGUCAUUGUUACACUACAACGUGAAAAUGAAAAUCUUCGAUCUGUUGUGACACAAAUGAGAGAACAAAUGGAAACAUUGGCAACAGAUUUACCGGGAAAAUCGGUAUCAGGACAGCCGAAUUUAAUCAAUCAAUUGCAAAGAGAUAAUCAAGAACUUCGUCAACAAAAUCGCGACCUAAUUAUGAGACUUGACUCAAGACAUUCUAAUGAUUCAACAACAAUUGAGAUUGACCAUACAAGUGUCAAUAAGGAAUUACACAAAAAUCCUCAAUUGAACAAUUAUGUGCAAUCAUUGAAUAAUACAAUAGGCUCAUUACGAACCGAUAAAAUGCAAUCGGUUGCACAAGUUCGAAAACUAGAAGGACGUUUAAUACAAAUCGAGAAAAAUCACGAUAAUUUUCAACGAGAACUGCGACAACGACAGUCACGUAUUGAUCAAUUGCAGUACCAAUUGAAUGCAGAUGAUCGUCGACAUCAAACAGAAAUGAAUAGUUUAAAACAGAAAAUAAAUGAUUUAGAUGUUCAAUUGAUUGAAACAAGAAGAGAAGCAGAUGAAUAUCAAAAAGCAAUUAUAGAACGAAAUGCUGACGUAACGGAAUUGGAGAGAAAAUUAAGCGAAGCAAAACUCGAAGCAGCUGGGAGAAUACCAUUAUUCAAUUAUGGUGGUCAAGAAAUUUUAAUUCAACAAUUACAAGAUGAAAUUGAACGUUUAACAAAAAAAUUUACAGAAUUAAAAGUGAAUAUGAAUGAUGAAAAUGAUGAUCCAGAAGGAAAUCGUGUAAAUGAAAUACUUCUUCAACAAGAAAAUGACCAAUUAAAACGAAAACUUGAACAAUCAAUAAAACAUAUAAAAACAUUAGUAUCGGACAAAGAACGAUUAUUAGAAAUAAGUAAUCAUUUACGUUCACAAUUAACUAAAAGUGCAACAAAUGAUAGUAGAUCAACUAUGAACCAACAUAAUGUUGAUAUUAUACCUACAAAUAUUCGUCCAAAGAAAGAUGUAUUAAAUCUUGAAAGUAAAUUAGAACGACUUGAACAAUUACAAUAUGCAUUAACAAAACAAGAAUUAGAAAAUAGAAAACGAGCAAAUCAAAUAGCAUCUGAUAUGCAACAACAAAGGCCAAUAAGUGCACCACUAGAAAAAAGUGAAAAUUUGCUUAAUGUUAGUGGAAACACAAUAACAACUGUGGCUUCAGAACAAAUUCGUGAUCUAUGGAAAGAAUUGGACAAUACACCAGGAAAAAUGUCUGAUCAAAAAUCAAUGAGUGUGACUGCCAAACGAAAAGUGUUAACCGCUCGACAGCAAACACGUGACAAUCGAACAAAUAUUAAACCUAAAACAGAAUUGAUUCGAAAAAGUGCAAUUCGUAAUUAUAAUAUCAAAGAUAGUUGA